GUACGACGUAGGCAGUCCCUGCUGAUGAAGACAAUGAUUACAUUUUAAAAAAAUACACACAGAAGCUGGAUCAUCAUUUCAUUCCGUGCAUGAGGAGCAUUAGUCUGCUGCAGACCGCCACAGCCUGAAGCCGUCCUGCCAAAAUCUGGGACCAUGUCUGGAGCCUACGACGAGUCCGCCAGCCAGGAGGAGACCACAGACAGUUUCUGGGAGGUUGGGAACUACAAACGUACAGUGAAGCGGAUCGACGACGGCCACCGGCUCUGCAACGACCUGAUGAGCUGCAUCCAGGAGCGUGCCAAAAUCGAGAAGGCCUACGCACAGCAACUGACCGAGUGGUCCAAGAGAUGGAGACAGCUGGUAGACAAAGGGCCUCAGUACGGCACAGUAGAGCGAGCCUGGGUGGCGGUGAUGACGGAGGCAGAGAAGGUGAGCGAGCUUCACCAGGAGGUGAAAAACAACCUGAUCAACGAGGACUUUGAGAAGGUGAAGAACUGGCAGAAAGACUUGUACCACAAACAGAUGAUGGGAGGAUUCAAGGAAACCAAAGAGGCAGACGAGGGCUUUAAGAAGGCCCAGAAACCAUGGGCCAAAAAGCUAAAGGAGCUCGAGGCCGCCAAGAAGUCGUACCACAUGGCCUGCAAGGAGGAGAAGCUGGCGUCCACCAGAGAGGCCAACAGUAAGGGGGAGGCCUCUGUGACAGCUGACCAGCAGAAGAAGCUGCAUGAGAAAGUGGACAAGUGCAAACAGGAUUCACAGAAAGCGAGGGAGAAGUAUGAGAAGGCUCUGGAUGAGCUGAGUAAAUGCACCCCUCACUACAUGGAAAACAUGGAGCAGGUGUUCGACCAGUGUCAGCAGUUCGAAGAGAAGAGGCUGAGCUUCCUCAGAGAGGUGCUGCUGGAUGUCAAAAGCCACCUCAACCUCACAGAGAACCAAAGCUAUGUUACAGUAUACAGAGAACUUGAACGCACCAUCACGUCAGCAAGUCCGCAGGAAGAUCUGAAGUGGUUCAGCAACAACCAUGGCCCCGGCAUGCACAUGAACUGGCCACAGUUUGAGGAAUACAACCCAGACCUCACCCAUAGCAUCUCUAAGAAAGAAAAGUCAAAGAAAGGCAGUGAUGGAGUCAUGCUGACUAACGUCACGACAGCAGUAGACCACGCUCAAGCUGGCGACCGGGGAAGUGUCAGCAGCUAUGAGAAGAACCAGGCGUACACAGCCUCCACAGAGUGGUCGGAUGAGGACCAGACAGCCCCGAACUCAGGCAACGACACCAACGGGGGGACGAACCCCUUCGAUGACGAUGCAGGCAAAGGUGUGAGAGUGAGAGCGCUGUACGACUACGAAGGCCAAGAGCAGGACGAGCUCAGCUUCAGAGCAGGGGACGAGCUGACGAAGCUGGAGGAGGAGGACGAACAGGGCUGGUGUAAAGGUCGUCUAGACAACGGCCAGCUGGGUCUCUACCCGGCCAAUUACGUGGAGCCGAUCUAACUGUUCCACAUGAGGACGCUUGUCUCGUUGGAGGGCAAACCCAGAUUGAACCGUCCGGUCAUAACUGCACAUUGCCAGAGACUUCAAAGCAAAGCUUCCUUGUCCUGUCGGGCGCAGUGAGCUGCCUUCAUCUCAGCACUCAUCACAGACAAGACUUUACAGAAACAAAAUCCCACCCCCAGAUACAA